UUCACUUUUUGUCUGAUUACAAAUAUCAGUGAAUAUCUGUAAUAUGUAAUAACUGUAGAUAAUUAAUAUUAAAUCUCCUUUUCCCCCCACACUUUCUCUAAGGUCACAGAGCAGGAGUAGGUUAGCGCCUUAAGGACCAGUACCCUGGCCUUCUCACCAUUCACUGUGUGGCCCACCGCCUCAAUCUGGCUGUCUCAGAUUGUAUUAAAGACAAAAAAAGUGUGCCAUACUUGAUUAAGUACGAGCGAACCAUCAACUCGACAUUCUGGUUGUACCAAGGGUCAAGCAAUAGAGCAGCCAGCUUGAAGGAGAUGGAGCGUGUUUUUGAGUUGCCUCAACUAAAACUGCAGGGAGGAAACCAAACACGAUGGGAGAGUAGCAGGGAUGCCACCAAUGUCCCGCUGAGAAUCAUGCCUGCUGUCUUGGUUGACUUGUCAAAGCAAGCAAGAUCAGAACCGACUGCAGAGGGCCUGGACCGGUUCUUCAGGCAUGAAUUCUUUCCACCAACCCUCUGCCUCAUGCAUGUGGUGCAUAAUAAACUGCACAGACAGUUUCAGGUGUUCCAGAUGAGGAACCUGUUCUUUUCUCGAGUUGAGCAGGAGGUAACAGCACUGAUCAGCUCUUUGAGAAAUCCUAGGACUCAGGCCCUGGUGAAGGACAAGUGGGAGAGCUGGCUACAUGAUGAAUCCGGCCUGCAGCCUUUACUGGAUGAGGUUCCUGCCUAUUUUGCAGAUGGUGUCUGGGACCGGUUUUCAGCGACUGUCAUGAUCCCUUUCAUUGAUAUGUUGGUGCAAAAUGUGGAGAGUCGCUUUCCUGAAAUGGGUAUCUUGGGGAACUUCAGUGUGCUUGCGCCAAGGAGAAUUCAAGAGGGAAUCAUGGACACAAAGUUUGGGCAGCAAGAGAUGCACUCCCUGGCAAGGCAAUUCCCCAGGCUGAAAGAGGAGGACUUGCUGAUUGAGUGGGAAGCAUUUUAGGAGCAAGCAAUGCUCCCGGACCUCAAGUCAAAAACUCUGGAAGAGGCCAUGAAGUGGCUGAUAAGCCCAGAUGCCAUGGAGCUGUUCCCUCAACUGAGUCUGGCUGCUGCUAUAGCACUCAUUGCCCCAGUUCAGACUGCAGACGUGGAGAGGCUCUUCUCAGCCCUCAAACUAGUGAAGACACCUCUGCGAAACAGGCUGACAGAUUGCCAUUUAGAUGUCUGCUGCCGGGUGGCAAUUGAUGGCCCUCAGCAGGAACUUCUACAAUGGAGAAGUUUGUUCGGCGGUUCUACAGGACCAAUUCAGCCAGGAGAAUAAAAUGUUCAAAAGGGGGCUGUGAAUUGUGUAAAUAAAAUGUAAAUU